AUCUCAGAUGUAACUCAGCCGGCUCAGAGUCUUUUGCAUUUGACUUCAUGAUGGGAAGAGACUAAAAGUACCCUGAUAUCAUUCAAUACUCUGAGGACAAUAGGGAGGAAAGAACAUGGGGUGGCACAGUGGUAGAGUUGCUGCCUAACAGCGCCAGGGACCCGGGUUCGAUCCUGACCGCGGGUGCUGUCUGUGUGGAGUUUGCACGUUCCUCCCGUGACCCGCUCCGGUUUCCUCCCACACACCAAAGACGUACCAGCUUGUAGGUUAUUUGGCUAUGGUAAAAGUUGUAGAUUAUCCCUAGUGUGUAGGAUAGUGGUAGUGUCGCUGGUCAGUUCGGAUUCGCUGUGCCGAAGGGGCCUGUUUCCACACAGUAUAAAUAUAGGGAUAGAAUUAGGCCAUUCGGCCCACCAAGUCUACUCCACCAUUCAAUCAUCUCUCCCUCCUAAUCCAAUUCUCCUGCCUUCUCCCCAUAACCCCUGACACCUGUACUAGUCACAGUAUCUGUAAAUUACCUGGUGGUUGUCCUAUGAAGUACUCCAUUUCUUACCUUUUAAUACUAACAGUUCAUUUAUGCUUUAGAACAUCCUGAAAGGAACAGGAAAGGUUAAAUACAAAAGCAGUUGUUCCUCAGCCACACAAGCAUUAACGAGAUUACCUGAUUCAAGUCUUGGAGCCGGAAAGAAUAACUUAAGGAAACUAACGACUUAAGCGUCCGACCAGACAUAAUGUGCCUCUGUGUCCUUUCAUUGCAAGGAUCACCUACCUGAAAAAUAUUCUGUUCACCGGAAUACUCAAGGGGGUGGAGUCAAGAGAGAGAGAGCUUCAAUAUAAGGGCUCAGGAACACGUACAUCUCACUGAAUUCCUCCCUGGUUUCUCAGGGUAGACAUGACCUGCCUUAUUGUCUCCCUGAUCAUCGCUUGGAUGUUGUGUAACUCGGCCGGCUCAGAGAGAGUCUUUCAUUCCAGGGACCGUUCCGAUGUAAAGGUGACACAUGAGGCAAAUUCCGUUGCUGGGGAGAGUUCUGCACAGAGAUUCCUUGCCAGGUAUGGAUGGAUGAAACCUGUUGACUGGGAGGACUCCUCGCGCGAAGAGGUGGCUGAUGAAGACCCAGCUCCUCCUGACCUGAUGAGCGCUGUAGGAGAGGACAUUGAGGACUCGCACCAGAUGGACGGGGCACCAGACCAAAGUACGGAGAGCCCAGGGUUUACACAGGCCUUGAGGAAGUUCCAGGAAACCAAUGGUCUGCCGGUCACUGGUGUGGUGGAUGCAGCCACCAGAGAGGCCAUGAAUGUGCCAAGAUGUGGAGUACCGGAUCAGAAGACCCAGCCCAACGUCCCGGUGUCUCCUUACGCCACCGCCGGCACCAGCCAGACCCCCGAGAGAGACGCCAAUGCGACGGGGAGCGUCCCUGUCCGCAGGAAACGGUUUCUCCACCGCUACUUCCACGGCCAGAGGUCCAGGGGGAGGAGGAUGGAGUUGGCCGACGGCAGAGUCAGCGGCCUGGCCUUCGGGAAGCGCCGGUUGAAGUGGCGCUUGCUGAGCGAGGGCUACAGCUCCCAGAUGGCCGCGGGCGAGCAGAGAGCGGCCAUCAGGUUGGCCUUCAGACUCUGGAGCGAGGUCACGCCCAUAGACUUCGAGGAGGAUCUGAGAUCCGCGGCCUCAGUGGUGGACAUCACACUGGGAUUCGGAACAGGCCGCCAUUUAGGCUGUUCGCAGGUGUUUGACGGGGCUGGCCAGGAGGUGGCGCACUCAUGGCAAAAUGGAGUCAUCCACUUUGAUGAUGAUGAACACUUCACAGCCGUCAACAGCAACCAGGGAAUCAACCUACUGCGGGUGGCGGUGCAUGAGGUGGGCCAUGUCCUGGGCCUGCCUCACAUGUACAGCAGGGGGUCGGUGAUGCAGGCCAACUACAGUGUGGAGGGCAGGGGCACGGAGCUGGACCUGGCUGACAGGGCAGCCAUCCAACAGCUAUACGGGGUGUGCGAGGGGCCAUUCGACGCUGUCUUCGACUGGGUCCGCAGGGCCAGAGCACCGGACGGCAGGCUCACCCUGGCCUUCAACACCUACUUCUUCCGCGACGGCUGGUACUGGAUGUACGAGAACCGCAACAACCGGACGCGGCAUGGCGACCCGCUGCCCGUCUGCACCGGCUGGCACGGCAUCCCCAGACAGGGCAUCGACGCCUUUGUGCACGUUUGCACUUGGUCGAAGGAUGCCACCUACUUCUUCAAAGGAACCCAGUACUGGAGAUACGACAACAUCAACGACCGUGCCUACACACAGGACCCGCACGGCGUGAGCUUUCCCAAGCUCAUCUCCAGCGGGUUCCCCGGCAUCACCGGACCGAUUAACGCCGCCUUCUUCGACCGGCGUGACCAGUGCGUCUACUUCUUCAAGGACAGCACGGUCACGGCGUUUAAUGUCAACACUAACCAGAGGGUCGCUGGAUUCCCUAAAAGGAUCAUAGACGUCUACCCACCGCUGGACCCAGGAGACCAUCCCUUGGGUAACCUGGAUGCCGUGUACUACUCCUACACCUACAGGGCUGUUUUCUUCUUCAAGGGGCUCUAUUUCUGGAGGGUGGUCGGCCGUCGUGAGCGAGGGGCCAGCCCCGGCCUGCCAUACAAUGGGUUGUGGCCAAGACGCAGGGUCAGCGAGCAGUGGCUGGACAUCUGCAACGUCCGCCCGCCCACCAACACGUGA